AUGUCGGCUUCGGGAUGCGGGCGCGGUAGGCGCGGAGACCGCGGGGAAAUCGACGUGCAGAUGCUAGCUCCAGGUGGAAGGAGGAGCGCGGAAAGCAGGCGAAAUUACAACUGCAACGGAUGUGGAGCGACGGGACACAGUUAUGAAGCCUGCCGUUUCCAACAAAAUUCGGAGCGCAGCAUAAAUUCAAUCGACGAAUUACCGAUGACGAAGGAAGUGGGGGAUGUCCGGUCGGAGCAGGUGGCAUCUCGUGAUGAGCCGGGGGGGUUGGUAGGUUCGGAGGUCGAAUUAGUACCGGAGGUUUCGGCGUCCAAAAACCUCAGCGAUAGCCCGGGAUCACCAGUAUUUGAAGACGCCUUGCCCAACGUGACACCGCCCCUACAAGGUCGGCCUAUAAGGCAAUGCAGGCUUAGGAAACUGAUUAAACAUUAUGAU